GCUGACCCCUGACCCCUGACUUCAGGUAGGCGGGCCCGGGAGGCCCCGGCGCCGCCGCUACCGCCGCCGCCGCUACCGCCGCCGCCUGUGUUCAAGCGCAGCGUGCUGCUGUUGACGCUGGCCGGGAUGUGGUCCCCGCCGGCCUACGCGCCCAAGCGCCGGCGGCGGCUGUUCGCGGCCUACAGCCUCGCCAUCGGCGUCUUCACGCUGCUCAACGCGGUGGGCGAGAUGGGCGGCACGGUGUCCCUCCCCUCGGGCUCCCUCGAGCGCACCUGCCAGAACAUCUGCUCGUCCCUGUGGAGGCUGCUGGCCUUCUCCAUGUGGGUCCUGUUCCGGCACCACGUCCGCAGCAUUCAGGCUCUGGUGGUAGAGGCCGAGCGGCUCGCGUCCGUCGACCACGGCCUCCGCGGCCUCCUCCGAGAGCGGGUGGAGGCGCUGCAGCGACGCGCCCGCAGCCAAAUCAACAACAUCAUACUGGGCUACGUGUGCUGGUUCACGUACUCUUCGACAGGGGUGGUGAACCAGCCCUUCGUGGAGUGGCUGGUGACCGGCACCAUGCCGCGCCCGUUCCUCGCGAGCAACUUCUGGCUGCUGUCGGGGCCGGACACGCCCUCCAAAGAGGCGAUCAUGAUGCUCUCGCAGUCCGUGUCGCAGUACACCUGCACCGUCAUCGUCACCAGCUACAUCACCUUCUUCGGCGGCAUGGCCAUCUUCCUGUCCUUCCAGGCCAGGAUCCUGGGGCUCAUGCUGGAGGACAUACCCUUCUCCGAGGCCAGACUGAGCUUCGCACGUGAGCAGGGGGUCCGCAGCAUGGUCACGCACUGCAUCACCUUCCACCAGGACAUCCUCAAUGCUGCGAUGGAGCUGAACAGGGUGCUGCGGCUGAUGCUGCUGUUCCUGUUCAUGACGGGGCUCGCCUUCAUCGCCACCAUGAUCUACCAGGUGUCCGUGGUGCCGCCGACCAGCUCGCUCUUCAUGGCCACCCUCAUGAUCCUCAUCUGCUCGAACACGCUGGUCGGCGUCUUCUGCUACAGCUCGGACCAGCUGCGCGAGGCGACAGAGGACAUUGUGCAUCGCGUCAUGGCCUCCGACUGGACGUCCGCCCCCGAGCCCAUCCAGGCCUUGAUGAAGUUCACCGUGUUCCGCGCCUCCAAGCCCUCGGCCCUAUGGUGCUGGAGGGUGCUGAGCAUCUCCCGCGUCACCUGGCUGCAGGUGCUCAACAAGUCCUACAGCGUGUUCGCCGUGCUGCGGUCCUGAGAGUGGCUCAUCCCGGCGCAGGAUGAGGACGACGACGACGAAGGCGGAGUGCGAUGUGUGAGCCAACACGACGACGGGAGGG